AUGCCGUGGUGGAGUAAAGGCAAGGGGACCAUUCACCCUGCAAAGGUCGGAUUGCGGGAGUCCAUGUCCAGCUCGUCGGCAUCCCUGUCGUCUUCCCAGCUCAAUGCCGCCAUUAUGAACAUGUUGUCCCUCAACAACACCGGCAACAGAUGCCAGAACGCAUGCAGAGGUGACCCGAUCACGACCGCAGGUCAGCGGAACCAGAUGAUCAAGAUGUUGGCCAUCAUCCUCAUCCCCGUCCUCAUCUUGGUCGGCCUCACCGGGAACUCAUUCGGAACCACUCUCAACAACUACCUUUACUCCAACUCCAUCAGAUCUACCCUACUCUUCAGUUUGGACAUGGCAUACAUGAUCCGGGCCCUGCAGCGAGAGCGGGACGGCAGCGCCCUCUACUUGAGUUCCAUCAGACCGGAGACCAAGGGAUUUCUCCUUGAACGCUACCAGGACACGGACGAGGCUGUACAGACGCUCCCCUACUGGCCGUCCUCCCUUAGCAGCACGCGUUCAGAGUUCGAUUCCAGUGAGACCUUUCUCAAGACUCUGAACAGACACAGGUACGAGCUGGACACGCUGCAGGUGACGUUCCACGACGAGCUAAUGACGUACUCCGAGUGGAUUGAGGUCUUCAUCAAGUGGUUCUACAAGUCCAUUACGGAGGCUAGGGCCGAAAAGGUGUGGAAGGCGUUUGUGGCGUACCAGGAGCUGCUGGUAGCAUCAGAGUACCUGGGACGGGAACGGGCCAUGGGCGUCAUCUUCUAUACCCUCGGAGAGUUCCCCACCAGGGAGGAGUACCUCUACUUCGUGGAAAGUCAGGAUACAUCUAACGCCUCAUUUGCGGCUGCGCGGCAAUAUUCCCAGAUCGCCAAAGAGAUAUAUGACGCGAAAAUCAAGGACAACCCGGAGAUCAUGCAGACGAUCAAAAACAAGCGCGCGGAGAUCCGCUCGCGCAACACCGGAGCAGACGACAACACGGUCGGGUCCCUGGACGAGGCCAAGUACUGGUUUGAAAACAUGACAUAUUUCCAGGAUAUCAUCAAAGAAGCCCAGGUGUCACUAGCCCUGACUAUCGAUGGACUGCUGGAGGCCCGGCAGAAGACGGACCUGACCAACAUCAUCAUCAUCUGCAUCAUCUUCUCAGCUGUGCUCAUCUUGUGUCCCAUCAUCAUCUACGCCGUCUACAGCCUCACAGUCGAGAUCCAGAGGUGUUCUAUCCACAUCGCUGACAGAACGAAGGCGCUAUCAAAGGAGAAGAAACGGACGGACACGCUGCUGUAUCAGAUGUUGCCUAAGCAGGUUGCUGAGCAGCUGAAGCAGAACCAGGAAGUGACGACAGAGGAGUUUGUACACGCCACCAUCAUGUUCUCCGACAUCGUGGGAUUCACACAGAUCUCCUCACGGAGCUCCCCACUACAGAUCGUGGAGAUGUUGAACAUGAUCUACUCGUGCCUAGACGACCGUAUAGAUUUGUACGACGUCUACAAGGUGGAGACUAUCGGGGACGCCUAUCUCGUUGUCUCUGGUGUGCCCAACCCAAACGGGAAGCUGCAUGCGUCCGAGAUCGCCUCCCUGUCCAUCGACAUCCUGGAGCACGUGCACCGUAUGGAGAUUCCCCACAUACCCGGAACAUACGUCAAGCUUCGUAUUGGAUGCCACAGUGGUUCCGUGGUAGCUGGUGUGGUGGGAACCAAGAUGCCGCACUACUGUGUGUUCGGGGAGGCCGUCAACGUCGCCUCCAAAAUGGAGGCACUCGGCAAACCGAGUAAGAUCCACCUGAGCGACACGACAGCCAACAUCCUUUUAGAGCUAGGAGGGUUCGUCGUCCAGGAGCGGGGAAACUUUGCAGAAAAUGUUGACCACGACCUGAUGAUGGCGUUCAAGGGGAAAGUUCGCACGUACUGGCUGGUGAGCAAAGAGGGAUUCGCUCCGCUUGACUUGGAUUACUCGACGCACGAGGCAGCGGAGACGGACGUUACCAUCAGGCCAAUCCCGGUCGACACAUCUCUCACGGACCUGAAGGAGGAGGUCGAUACCCUGAUAAUAGCGUGACACGUGACUACAUUCCACGCGUACAAAAUGCUCUGUAGAUCAGUUUUCAGUUGACUUAAAACUCUUUUUUUACUUUUUUUGAAAUGCUUAGCGGAGUGUGUUUCUGCAAUACCCGACAUGUAAACACUAAUUGGAUGCUUAACUUAAAAUAAUUACAUGUAUAUCACCUUUUAUGAUACAGCCCCCACAAUUGUUCUUUCCGGGCAUAAUUCCACGACAAAGGUGGUACUUAUUUACGAACAAGAUAAAUGAUUGUAAUGGAAAAACAUUAACAUCACUCAUUAAAUGUGUAUAGAAUUUAUAGGAAAUGUUUACCAAUUUAUA